GGGCCGGCCGGUGGGCGGGGCCGAGGAGGAGGUGGAGGAAGAAGCCGCAGGAGCAGGGAGGGGCCGCGCUGGUCGGUCGGUUCCUGGGCAGAAGCGGCGACGGCGGCGUCACCAUGGGGGGCUCCCGAGACGACGAGUACGACUAUCUCUUCAAAGUUGUCCUCAUUGGGGACUCCGGGGUGGGCAAGAGCAACCUCCUCUCCCGCUUCACCCGCAACGAGUUCAACCUGGAAAGCAAGAGCACCAUCGGCGUGGAGUUUGCAACACGGAGCAUUCAGGUGGACGGCAAGACGAUAAAGGCUCAGAUAUGGGACACGGCCGGGCAGGAGCGGUACCGGGCGAUAACCUCAGCCUAUUACCGCGGCGCUGUGGGGGCCUUGCUAGUGUACGAUAUCGCCAAACACCUCACCUACGAGAACGUGGAGCGGUGGCUGAAAGAGCUGCGAGACCAUGCUGACAGCAACAUCGUCAUCAUGCUGGUGGGCAACAAGAGCGACCUGCGCCACUUGCGCGCCGUUCCCACGGAUGAGGCCCGAGCAUUUGCAGAAAAGAACGGCCUCUCAUUUAUUGAGACCUCUGCUUUGGACUCGACGAAUGUCGAAGCUGCCUUUCAGACCAUUUUGACAGAGAUCUACCGCAUCGUGUCUCAGAAGCAAAUGUCCGACAGACCUGGGAACGACAUGUCUCCGAGCAACAACGUGGUCCCGAUCCAUGUCCCCCCGACCACAGAAAACAAACCAAAGAUGCAGUGCUGUCAAAAUAUAUAACGCGUUUCUUUCCCGUAUAAUAAUUACCCACCCACCCCCCGUUUCACUAUGGAAGUAGAUCUUUGGGUUCAUGUUGGUAUUCCUUUGCUCCUCCCUCCCCCAAAUUGAAUUAAGUUUGUCUGAUUCUUUCACUGGAGUUCUCCACGUCUUAACUCUUUAAUUUCCAUGUUACGAAUCCUUCGUCGUUUGCAUGUGGCUGCAGCAUUAUGGAAAUGUUAGUCUGGCAAGGCAGACAUCAGGACGGAUUCCCUUUCCCAGCGUUUUGGCCGAUCUAGCAGAGAACUGAGGUGAGCCGCCCCUUUCCACCUUUUGCGGCUCAGAGCGGGAAUUGCAACACUCCAGAAAAUGUGAGUUGACUGCCCCUGAGAAUUUAAAAACAACAACACUUUUAUCCACUGAACCUCUAUACUGAAUCUCUCUGGAGGGACAGGCCGUGCACAGCUUCCCACUGGUGAAUGUAUCUGCCCUGCGAAGGUCAGUCUAGCGGAGCAGAGUCCCAAACCUUCAGGACUGAGGAAACCGCCUCCCCCCACCCCCGUGUCUCUUCACUGACCCGGUUGCUUUUUGAAAAUGCCUUAUGAAAGCAACAUAAGUGGCGUGUGAUUUAUUU